AGUUAACCUGCUAGAGCUCAUCACAGCCCUGCACCAACUCACCCAGUACCCUCUCUCCUCCGUUCGCCUUCUUUCCCCCUUUCUCCUCCUCUGUCUGCAUCCUCCACCUGCCUCCUACUUUUGCAUCUGACCAGAGGACGAAUGAGGGAGACGUUCCCGCAAAUUGGGGCAGCAACUUUCCUCGGCUGGUCUCUGGGCUCCGGGAACAGGAGCGCGCCGAUCCUCCGCGGUCUGCGGCCGAUGGAGGAGGAGGAGGAGGAGCGGUGAUGGGCUAGCGACAGAAGCGACGAGCCCCGAGCGAGCUCAGCCUUGCCAGCCAGCUCCGCGUUCCCACGCGGGUUUCCUCGAUCUCGCUCCGGGGACAGCGUGCAGAGUGCGGACCGGAGCAUCCAGGGAGGAUGAGGUGGGGACCUGGCCCGAGGGGGGUGCAUCUUGCGGGCGUGCGGCAGCGGCUGGGUCUCGGCAUGAAUUAAGAAGCUAGGAAGAUGGAGCGCGGCACACUCGUCGCCCAGCCUGGGCUCUGGACCAGGGACACCAGCUGGACACUCCUCUAUUUCCUCUGCUACGUCCUCCCCCAGAGCGCCCCGCAAGUACUCAGGAUCGGAGGGAUUUUUGAAACUGUGGAAAAUGAACCUGUUAAUGUUGAAGAAUUAGCUUUCAAGUUUGCAGUCACCAGCAUUAACAGAAACCGAACCCUGAUGCCUAACAUCACAUUAACCUACGACAUCCAGAGAAUUAACCUUUUUGAUAGUUUUGAAGCCUCACGGAGAGCAUGUGACCAGCUGGCUCUAGGUGUGGCUGCUCUCUUCGGCCCUUCCCACAGCUCCUCUGUCAGUGCUGUGCAGUCCAUCUGCAAUGCUCUUGAGGUUCCGCACAUACAGACCCGCUGGAAACACCCCUCGGUGGACAACAAAGACCUGUUUUACAUCAACCUUUACCCAGAUUACACAGCUAUCAGCAGGGCAAUCCUGGACCUGGUCCUCUAUUACAACUGGAAGACAGUGACUGUGGUGUAUGAAGACAGCACAGGUCUAAUUCGUCUGCAAGAGCUCAUCAAAGCUCCCUCCAGAUAUAACAUUAAAAUCAAAAUCCGCCAGCUGCCCUCUGGGAAUAAAGAUGCCAAGCCUUUACUCAAGGAGAUGAAGAAGGGCAAGGAGUUCUAUGUGAUAUUUGAUUGUUCACAUGAAACAGCCGCUGAAAUCCUUAAGCAGAUUCUGUUCAUGGGCAUGAUGACUGAGUAUUAUCACUACUUUUUCACAACCCUGGACUUAUUUGCUUUAGAUCUGGAACUCUAUAGGUACAGCGGCGUAAACAUGACUGGGUUCCGGCUGCUUAACAUCGACAACCCUCACGUGUCCUCCAUCAUCGAGAAGUGGUCCAUGGAGAGGCUGCAGGCCCCGCCCAGGCCCGAGACUGGCCUCUUGGAUGGCAUGAUGACAACUGAAGCAGCUUUGAUGUACGACGCUGUGUACAUGGUGGCCAUCGCCUCCCACAGGGCAGCCCAACUGACCGUCAGCUCCCUACAGUGCCAUCGACACAAGCCAUGGCGCCUUGGACCCAGAUUUAUGAACCUGAUCAAAGAGGCUCGGUGGGAUGGCUUGACUGGGCGUAUCACCUUCAAUAAAACCAAUGGCUUGAGGAAGGAUUUUGAUCUGGACAUUAUUAGUCUCAAGGAAGAAGGAACUGAAAAGGCUGCUGGCGAAGUGUCUAAACACUUGUAUAAAGUGUGGAAGAAGAUUGGGAUUUGGAAUUCCAACAGUGGGCUUAACAUGACGGACGGCAACAAAGACAAAUCCAACAAUAUCACCGAUUCACUGGCCAACCGAACACUCAUUGUCACCACCAUUCUGGAAGAGCCUUAUGUGAUGUACAGGAAAUCUGAUAAGCCCCUGUAUGGAAAUGACAGAUUUGAAGGAUAUUGCCUGGAUCUGUUGAAAGAAUUGUCAAACAUCCUGGGUUUUAUUUACGAUGUUAAACUAGUCCCCGAUGGCAAAUACGGAGCCCAGAAUGACAAAGGAGAGUGGAAUGGGAUGGUUAAAGAGCUCAUAGAUCACAAAGCUGACCUGGCCGUGGCUCCUCUAACGAUCACCUACGUGCGGGAGAAAGUCAUCGACUUCUCCAAACCAUUCAUGACCCUGGGCAUCAGCAUUCUCUACCGGAAACCCAAUGGUACUAACCCAGGUGUCUUCUCCUUCCUCAACCCCCUGUCUCCGGAUAUUUGGAUGUAUGUGCUCUUAGCCUGCUUGGGAGUCAGUUGUGUACUUUUUGUGAUUGCAAGGUUUACACCCUAUGAGUGGUAUAACCCCCACCCGUGCAACCCUGACUCAGAUGUGGUGGAAAACAAUUUUACUUUACUAAACAGUUUCUGGUUUGGAGUUGGAGCUCUCAUGCAGCAAGGAUCAGAGCUGAUGCCCAAAGCUCUAUCGACCAGAAUAGUUGGAGGGAUAUGGUGGUUUUUCACCCUAAUCAUCAUUUCAUCCUACACUGCCAAUCUGGCUGCCUUCUUGACAGUAGAGAGAAUGGAAUCCCCCAUAGAUUCAGCAGAUGAUCUGGCAAAGCAAACCAAGAUAGAAUAUGGGGCAGUCAGAGAUGGAUCAACAAUGACCUUCUUCAAGAAAUCAAAGAUAUCCACCUACGAGAAGAUGUGGGCUUUCAUGAGCAGCAGGCAGCAGACUGCACUGAUCAAAAACAGUGAUGAGGGCAUCCAGCGGGUGCUCACCACCGACUAUGCCCUGCUGAUGGAGUCCACCAGCAUUGAGUAUGUGACGCAGAGAAACUGCAACCUCACUCAGAUUGGGGGCCUCAUUGACUCCAAAGGUUACGGAGUGGGAACGCCAAUUGGCUCUCCUUACCGGGAUAAAAUUACGAUUGCUAUUCUUCAACUGCAAGAAGAAGGGAAGUUGCACAUGAUGAAGGAGAAGUGGUGGCGUGGGAAUGGCUGCCCCGAGGAAGACAACAAAGAGGCCAGUGCUCUGGGAGUAGAAAAUAUUGGGGGCAUCUUCAUUGUUCUGGCUGCUGGACUGGUCCUUUCUGUCUUUGUAGCUAUUGGGGAAUUCAUAUACAAAUCACGGAAGAACAAUGAUAUUGAACAGAAAGGAAAGUCAUCAAGAAUUAGAUUUUAUUUUAGGAACAAAGUAAGGUUUCAUGGGAGAAAAAAACAAAGCCUUGGUGUAGAGAAGUGUCUCUCUUUCAAUGCCAUCAUGGAAGAACUGGGCAUCUCACUCAAGAAUCAGAAAAAAAUAAAGAAAAAGUCAAGAACUAAGGGGAAAUCUUCCUUCACAAGUAUCCUUACUUGUCAUCAGAGACGGACUCAGAGAAAAGAGACUGUGGCGUGAUCCAAGAAAACACCUGUAGAAAGAAAAAGGCUAUGCUCACUCGAGGUUUUUGGAGGAAGGAUUUCUGAUGAGUGCGUGAUGUGUUUCCAUAUAUCUAUAUCCAUAACUCUGAUUAUGUAUACAGAUAUAAGAAAUGCAAAAGUUUAAAAAGCUCACAUAGAUAUUACUCGGGAAGUGACACCAGUUCCUUUGAAAUGAAUUUGUAUGCUCA